UGUCGACCUUGUCUAGAAAUUGGCCAUCACACUAUCCACCUAGGUCCUAGGAGUGAGAGGAAAGAAGAAUCUUAAGACCUCUUUUUCUCUUCCCUUUGUGUUCAAAUCUAAGCUGUUAAUUAUCUUGUAAUUGCCUAAAAUAUUAUACACCUAAAAUGUUGGGGAAACGUAAGCGUGUGGUGUUGACAAUUAAGGAGAAGCUUGACAUUAUUAAGAAACUUGAGGAAGGCAUCUCUUUCAAAAAACUUUCUGUGGUGUAUGGAAUUGGUGAAUCCACUGUUCGUGAUAUUAAAAAGAACAAAGAAAGGAUUAUAAACUAUGCAAACAGUUCAGAUCCUACUAGUGGGGUAUCCAAACGUAAAUCUAUGAAGUCAUCAACCUAUGAGGAACUUGAUAGAGUGAUGAUAGAGUGGUUUAACCAACAGAAAACAAAUGGGAUUCCAGUGUCUGGAACGAUUUGUGCAAAGCAAGCCAAGUUCUUUUUUGAUGCUUUGGGGAUGGAAGGCGAUUUUAAUGCAUCAUCUGGCUGGCUAACUCGAUUUAAGCGGCGCCAUGGUAUUCCAAAGGCCGCUGGUAAAGGAACAAAAUUAAAAGGAGAUGAAACUGCUGCCAGUGAAUUUUGUGGGAACUUUCAGGAAUUUGUUGAGAGAGAGAAUCUACAACCAGAACAAAUUUAUGGUGCUGAUCAAACUGGAUUAUUCUGGAAAUGUCUACCAUCAAGGACGUUAGCUUUUGAAACUGAGCAAAGUACUUCUGGGUAUAAGUCAAGCAGAGAGAGAAUCAUUAUUAUGUGCUGUGCAAAUGCCACAGGUUUACACAAACUUAAUCUUUGUGUUGUGGGGAAGGCAAAAAAACCCCGUGCAUUCAAAGAAACCGACCUUUCAAACCUUCCUGUCACUUACUUCAGUCAAAAAAGUGCAUGGAUAGAACAAUCUGUUUUUAGACAGUGGUUUGAAAAAUACUUUGUGCCACAGGUACAGAAGCAUUUGAAAUCCAAGGGGCUUCUAGAAAAAGCAGUGCUGCUUUUAGAUUUCCCACCAGCACAUCCAAAUGAAGAAAUGCUGAGUUCAGAUGAUGGCAGAAUAAUUGUGAAAUAUUUGCCACCAAAUGUCACAAGUCUAAUUCAACCCAUGAGCCAGGGAGUUCUAGCCACUGUAAAAAGAUACUACCGAGCAGGACUUCUCCAGAAAUACAUGGAUGAAGGAACAGACCCAAAAAUGUUUUGGAAGAACUUGACAGUGUUGGAUGCAAUUUAUGAAGUAUCAAGAGCUUGGAACAUGGUAAAAUCCAGUACCAUAACCAAAGCUUGGAAAAAACUUUUCCCUGGCAUUGAAGAGAAUUCAGGCAUGAACAUUGAUGAAGGAGCCAUUUUAGCAGCUAAUUUAGCAACAGUUUUACAGAAUACAGAAGAAUGUGAACACGUUGACAUUGAGAAUAUUGAUCAGUGGUUUGACUCUCAAAGUAAUGACUCAAGCUGUCAGGUGCUAACCGACAGUGAAAGUGCUGUGGAGCAGGCCAAGGCUGCUGAGCAAAAGCCUUCCAAUAAGACUAGAAAAACAGAACUGAAUCCAGAGAAGCAUAUUAGCCAUAAAGCUGCGCUUGAAUGGACUGAAAAUUUACUGGAUUAUCUAGAACAACAAGAUGACAUGCUUUUGUCAGAUAAACUGGUAUUAAGGAGGCUUCGGACCAUAAUAAGAAGAAAACAGAAGAUCCAAAAUUACAAAAGUCAUUGAUAGGGCUCCUAAGUGUUUCAAUGUAUUUGCAUCUUUGUGACUGUAUCUGCAGUGAAACUUAACUGAAGUCCUAUGGAUUCCAAGGCCAAAUACAUUUUAUAAAUGAUUUUAGGAUUAGAUGCCAUUUUGGAUUACUUAAAUGACAGCUCUUUAAUGUUGACUCUAGUCAUUGAGCAUUGACGUGUAAUUAGUCUGUCUACUGUUUCUAAUCUGUAUUAUACUAAUUAGAUCAUAAGGUACCUGAAGUCAGGGAUCUUGUGUCUGAUUUGUGCCUGAAUUUUAAUAUGUCUAAUAAAGGGCCAUGCGCACUAUAGGCACUCAAUAAAUCUUACUUAAAUUGAAUUUUUGUUACUUUCUCUU